AACUGUGUAGCCGAAGGUUCUAUUUCAUUCGAAAAGUUGGCCUAUUGGGCUGUCACAUGGUCGUCCAGUGCUAUUUGGGGACAAUCUGGUGUGUAAGCAGAUGGGAAGGGAAAUUGGCUCAGCUGGAUGAAAAGCGGGAAAAACUCGCCAUUUCAGAAGCGAAGACAGACUGGAUGACGCGGUCUUGUCUGCUUGAUUGCUGACAAGACCUCAUCAAGCUGUGUAUUGAGGCAGGACAGUGAGUCACGCUGCACACUAAGGUUUUAUAGUUUGUUCUAUUUGCCUAUGUCUCAUUGUGGGGCACAGUGCCUUCUAAUCACAGUGCUGCAUCUUCUUGAUGGACACAACUUCCAACACAGCUCCUGGACAAAGAUUGACACGCAGGUCAUUACAGAGGCAGAGCUGCUUGCGCGCGCGUGUGUGUGUGUGUGUGUGUGUGUGUGUAAGAGAGAGAGAAACCAACAGAGAUUGUGGGAGCUAUGCUCAUUCUCCAGGAAUGAUCAAAAAUUAUAUUCCACCGAUGGUCGGGUUGGCUGAUCCAACCUUAGUCCCAGCUCCGAGGAUCAGAAUACAUUUUUCUCCACUAAGAGACAGCACUUAAAAAGGAUUGUGAUGGAGAGAUCUUCCCUCUUGACAUUUUCAAAUAGUAUGCUAAAGCAAAUUUGAAGGCACAAUAAGUGAACUUGUACAUUGGCAAAAGGCUACAUUAUGCUUAUAAUGUUUUUACAGUUUUCAAACUUGGGGUAUUCUUCCUUCUUUUUUAACUGAGCUUUUUCAAUGGGUGAGCUAGAAGUUAAGAGAAACCUUCAACUGAUCAACCUGCAAGAAGAAAAAACCAAGUGAGAGAGAGAUUAAAAGCAAGAUGGGGGAGGGAAGGAGAAAGUGAUGGAAGGAGGGGGAAAGGGAGGGAGAGAAGAAGGAUAGAGUGUAAAGAGACUAGCACACUCCUUCAUUCACUCACUCUCUCCCAAAGACGCAAGUGGCUCUAAAUAGCACUGCCUGCCAGCUGUCCUGUUGCGAUGUUGGGGUUCCUCCUGUCCGUGAGUCCCCUGCUGGUUCUGCUGGCCCAGGGAAGCCCCCCGCCAGGACCCGCCCGCUCUCGCCGCGCCCCCGCCACGAAGCUGCGCCUGGCGGGGUCCCCCCGCGGGCCCAACGAGGGCCGCCUUGAGAUCUUCUACAACCGCACCUGGGGCACUGUCUGUGAUGACGACGUCGACCUCAAUCUGGCCAACGUGGCGUGUCGAGAGUUAGGAUUCGUGGGGGGCAUCACCUGGGCACACAGUGCCAGGUACGGCGAGGGGGAAGGUCCCAUCUGGAUGGACAAUGUGCGCUGUGUUGGCACUGAGAAGUCCCUGGCAGAGUGCCAGUUUAACGGCUGGGGCAUCAGCGACUGCAAGCACUCAGAGGAUCUGGGGGUGAUCUGCACCGAGGAGAGGAGGAACAUGGUCACACAGCGUCAAGGGCGCCCCAACAACCUCAUCAACCUGGGAGGCAGCAGGAUCCAAAUAGAGGAAGUCCGGCUCCGGCCCAUUCUUGCCAGCACCAAGGUCCGUGCCCCCAUCACCGAGGGCGCGGUGGAGGUGAAACACGCAGGCAGGUGGCGCCAGGUGUGUGACCUGGGCUGGACUCUCAACAGCAGCCAGGUGGUGUGUGGCAUGCUGGGAUUUCCAUCUGCAGAGCAGCAUAAUGUCAGGAUGUACAAAAAGCUGUGGGAUGCGAAGGUGAAAAAGCCAGCAUCCAGACUGAGCACCAUGUCUCGGAAGAAGAGCUUCUGGGUGGAGAAGGUGAGCUGCCAAGGCACCGAGCCCAGCCUGUCGCAGUGCCAUGUCCAGCUGUCCAUCCCCCGCAGCCUGGUGCCCUGCAGGAAUGGCAUGCACGCUGUGGCCCGCUGUGUCCCGGGACCGCAGUUCAGGAAGAACCCUGGAAACCGGCCGCACAAACAACAGAGCAAAGAGCUGGCCGUGCGGUUGAAGGCGGGCGCGCAGCUGGGCGAGGGCCGUGUGGAGGUGCUGCGCGAGGGGAAGUGGGGCACGGUGUGCGACCACCGCUGGGACCUGCUGGCGGCCAGCGUGGUCUGCCGCGAGCUGGGGUUCGGCACCGCCAAAGAAGCCAUUUCCGGAGCCUACCUGGGACAAGGUAUGGGACCCAUCCACAUGAACACAGUGCAGUGUACCGGCACAGAGCGCUCCAUCACUGAAUGCUACUUCCAGGAUGUGUCCACAAGAGGGUGCACACACCACGAUGACGCCUCAGUCAGGUGCAACGUGCCUGAGAUGGGCUUGGAGAGCACGGUGCGUCUGGCUGGGGGCCAGGCCCGGGGAGAAGGCCGCGUGGAGGUGCUGAUGGAGGUGGGGGGGCGGAUGAAGUGGGGUUCGGUCUGCAGUGAGUCCUGGGGGAUCAAUGAGGCCAUGGUGGUGUGUCGGCAACUGGGUCUGGGCUUCGCCUCGCAUGCACUACAGGAGACCUGGUACUGGCAGGGUCACCCCGAUGCCAGCGAGGUGGUGCUCAGCGGGACACAUUGCACGGGCACUGAGCUCUCCAUCCAGCAGUGCCGCAGGAACGGACAAGUCCACUGUCCUCGGGGAGGUGGGAAUCGAGCUGCAGGAGUCACCUGCUCGGAGACGGCCCCUGACCUCGUGCUGAACGCCCAGCUGGUCCAGGAGACAGCGUACCUGGAGGACCGGCCCCUGCACCUGCUCACCUGUGCCCACGAGGAGAACUGCCUGUCCUCCUCCGCCGACCGCAUGAACUGGCCCUAUGGGGAGCGCCGCCUCCUGCGCUUCUCCUCCCGCAUCCAUAACCUGGGCAGGGCCGACUUCCGGCCGCGGGCCAGCCGAGAGUCCUGGACCUGGCACCAGUGCCACAGGCAUUACCACAGCAUUGAGGUAUUCACACAUUAUGACCUCCUAACCCUGAAUGGGACGAAAGUAGCAGAAGGCCACAAGGCCAGCUUCUGUUUGGAAGAUACCCACUGCCCUGAUGGACUUCAGAAACGCUAUGCCUGCUACAACAUGGGGGAUCAGGGCAUCUCUGUGGGUUGCUGGGAUACAUACCGUCAUGACAUUGACUGCCAGUGGGUGGACAUCACAGACAUCAGGCCAGGGGACUACAUUUUCCAGGUUGAGGUAAAUCCUUCUUUGGACAUGGCGGAAUCGGAUUUCACUAACAAUGUGAUGCGGUGUCGAUGCAAGUACGAUGGCAACCGGAUCUGGAUGUAUGGUUGUCACACAGGAGAUGCCUACAGCCUGGAAAUCGAGGACCUGUUCGAGCACCAGCGCCAGAUCUCCAACAAUUUCAUCUAGCCCACCUCCACAGGAACAGGACACUGUCCCCGAUGGGCAGUGAAAGGUCAGGGCUGGGUCACCAGGGAACUUACCUCAGUGCAAGAUUAAGGGUGAUGGAUGGCAUCUGUCCACAGUAAAGCACUGUGCUACAGCUUCCUGCAAACUCACACAAGAAACCUCAGGACAGCCCUCACCCACCCAUAUCAUAAUCAUAACCCCUCCCCAAACAAAAGGAGAAACCAAUACAUGCUCUUUGCAUCCUGAGCUAAUCAGCAGCCUGGAAACAUUUUUUUUUUUAAUUGCAAACAAUCAUACCACAAUACUUUCUAAGAGGAACUUGGAAACUGAAAAAGUGCUCACCGCAGUUAAGCAAAAAUGAAAAUAAGAAGACGAAAACUGAACUUUCAUGCCUGAAUGGGAGAGUAUUUUUUCUUUUGAACGAAAUGGACAGCUAGUGUGUCUUGAUUUGUUUGACCUCUCCUGCACAUUUCAAAUCGGCAUCAUUUCGUGACAAACCUCAUUCACAUUAACAGAAUCAUUGUUGAUCUGUACUCAAACUUUUGAAUUUGCCUAGCUGUUACUGGAACCAUGACUUGUUUUGUUGAAUUCACUCUUCUCUGCACUUAGUAUGACAAGAUAUACACAUUAUAACAAAUAUUUAAAUAAUAUAUAAAUUACAACAGUUACUAAAAAUGGUAGUUAUGCAAUUAAUAAAUGUUUUAAUUUAAAUAUAUGCUUCCUUAUGGAAAGUGUGUUUGUAUAGCACCCAUAAACCUUAAGUGUUAAAGUAUAAAAAAUGUGUGGCUCUUUGACAUUGUGCAUUUCUUGGCUAUUGGUGAAUAGUCGGCUCUCCCUGAGAAUGCUAUUGAACAUCUCAGGUAGUCUUCUUCUCUAUGUACAGAGGACAGGCGUCAAAAUGGAAAGUGUAUUUAAGCACUAAAUUAUAGUUGAGCCACAUUGGACGUACUCUACAGCUUUCUAUAGCACUGCUCCCAACCAAUUUGCAGUUUCUGCAGGGUAUCUGCAUACAAAUACAUCAAACUUAAAUUGGAGCUACAACAAAAGCAGACUGCUUCUUACAUGAGAGCAUAUUAGUCUGUUGAUAAACUGUUCAUAGAUAUAACACAUUAACAUGAAGCGUUAUUGGUAAUACAGUAAGUGGAACAAAUGGCCACUAUUGUGAAUUAAUGAGCACCACAUGCUCCUGGCAGAUAGUCAGGUAAGUUGCUCUGUGCUCUGGACUCCAGUUAACCUUGGGGUAUAUCUUGAAUUGGAAGAAAGGUGCUUCUUGUGUUAGGGUGCUGUUUCUUCAAAUUCACACAUUUCCAUCAGGAAAAAAAUAUGGUUUUAUAUGGAAUAUAUGUACUUUUUGUGGAUUUUGUUAUUACAGUUUAAAAGGGCUUCUAAUAAGGCACACAUACUCAUGUACAGUUUUAAGUAUUCUUCACAAAAACUAUAGUCAAUAGAACUAGUUUAUAGUUCUAUGAAUGAAAUGUUGUUCUGUAUUGUACAUUUUGUUGUACCAAAUCAAAUCAUAUCCAGUAAAUGCACUUUAUUCAGGACAUUGCAGUAUUCAGGAAAUUUCUUAAGAGUUAUGUCCGAAAUGACAUUCAGGUUGGUAGACAAAUAAAGUUCUGUGUUUCCAAAA